AAUUUGCCAAUCUCCGUCCUCAUGACUGCUGCUGCUGCGUUGUCCACUGACACCAGCGACGUCGUGUGCCCAGCUACGCCGUCCAUGUCCUCCCCAGACGUCGACUACUCGAUGGCAACGGACAAUGUCGAAAUCGCCAACACCACCACAACUUCGUCUACCUCCAAGCGAAAGAUUCUGCUGGCCGUCACCGCCGCCGCCGCCUUGGUUGUCGUAGGUGUGGUGGUGGCGCUGGUCUCGUCCUUCCAAGCGCCUACCACGACGAGCAUUUCCGUGGGCGCUGCGGGCGAUGUGUCUGUAUGCUACGACUCGUACAAUUCGUACACGGCAGGCAACAUUGAGUAUCACUUCAAGCGCAUCAAAGAGCGAUUCUCGGGGGUUCGGACGUAUCAAACCCAAGGGCUGCGUAACCACAUCGACGUAGCGGCUGAGACGGGCUUGGUCAUCUACGCCGGCGUGUGGCUCAAGAACGAUCAGUGGUUCAAGGACAUGCAGGCCGCGCUGGACGGCGCCCGACGCCACCCGAACUCGGUCAAGGCGAUUCUUGUGGGCAACGAAGAGCUUCUGGGCGGCGAGUAUAACCAGUGGUUUGUGCUGGAAAAGGUGCGUCAUAUGCGCAAGAUGCUCAACGACGCUGGCUUGUGGUACAUCAAGGUCGGGUCGGUGCAAACUGACGGCGACUGGCUCAACUCGGGCUCGGAACUGGCCAAAGAGUGUGACGUGAUGGGGGUGAACAUCCAUCCGUUUUUUGGCGCGUCCGACAACUCCAAGUUGAACCCCGUCGAGGACUUGAACGUCCGAUGGAUUCAAAUGGUAAACCGAUUCGGGGGCAAGGUGGUCUUGACAGAAACGGGGUGGCCAACGAGCGGCGGCACCGUCAACGGCCACGUGCCUAGCAUGCACAUGGCCAAGAAGUACAUGCUGGACGUGAACGCAUGGGCGAAGCGCGGGAAUGGCGGCGACACGCCGGCGUACUUUAUGUUUCACGACAACAACGGCAAAUGGGUCGACUACGAAAAGUCAUUUGGGCUUGCGUGGGACAACGGGUUUUGGAAAUUCGACUUUAACACGGUGGACCCGGCCAAAGAUUACAAGGGUAUUGUGUUCUUCAACCGGCCCAACGAAAAAGUUCUCGGCGCGCAAUGGAACAACAUGGCCGUGGACACGCACACGCGAUGGGGAUGGUCGUGGAAGGAUGACUUUCCGUCCAUCUGGUCGGUGUGGGAAACCAAAUGGCAGAUCGUCACGUGGGAUGCCGCCAACAAGCGCGACUUGUGUCUGGACGCGUACGAACCCAAGCGCGGCGGCGCCGUACAUUUGUGGCCUUGCGAUGCCAACAAUGGCAACCAAAAGUGGAAGUACGACCGCGGGACCCAGCAAAUUCGCCACCUCACGCACCACGGACUCUGCCUCGACAUGCGCCAAGCCGAGGGCGGACCGUUGCACCUGUGGGACUGCUUGGACCACGAAAAGCUUCAAAAGUUUGAGUGGUGGGUCAUUUAAUUUGGGAUAACGUUAUAAAAUACAGACUGAGGUUAUACAGUACCCA